CGUUAUUACCAUUGUUAGGUGUUUAUUUUCAGAACCUAAAUCCUCAAGAGACCCAGAAACAUGAGUAAAAGAAAGAUCAAAGCUUUAAUUGACACAGAUAGCGACGACGAGGGAGGGAGCGGCUCUGACAUUGACUCCGAGUUAUUGGCAUUGGCAAAGAAGAAAAAGAAAAAGCGCUCUGGAAGUGAAUCAUCAGGGGGUUCCUCUCCAAAACAGGCAGCAGCUGCUCGUACCAAAGUCUCCUCUGAUUCAGACUCUGAAACCAGUGACUCAGACUCUGAUUGGGAUGCACCUAAAGGGAAGAAGAAGAAAAUGGGUAAACCAGCUGCAAAGGCAAAGAACAAGAGAAUGGUUGCCAGAGACAGUGACUCAGAGGAAAAUCAGCCGGCCAGGGGAAGUGGAUCUGAACCUGAGGAAGGUGAAGUAUCAGACAGUGCAAGUAGUGAGUCCGAUGACUUAGACGAGGAGUUUGACGAUGGUUUGGAUGAAAACAUGAUAGGAGAUGACGAAGACAGGGCCCGCUUAGAACAAAUGACUGAAAAGGAGCGAGAGCAGGAAAUUUAUAACCGUAUUGAAAAAAGAGAAGUUUUAAGGACCAGAUUCGAAAUUGAGAAAAAGUUGAAAUUGGCCAAGAAGAAGGAGCAGAGGAAGAGGAAAGAAAAAGAUGGUGAUAAACCCAAGGAAAAGAAGCAAACAGUUUUGUCAGACAGACAAAAGGUGUUGGAAGAACGGGCUCAGGGACGAAAUGACAAAUUUGCAGCCCUCAAGGCAAAGAGGGAGAACAAAUUCCAGAAAGCGGAAGAAGAAAAACAGAAGAAAGAAAAGAAGGCUGAAGAAGAGAGAAAGAAAAAAGAAGACAGAGAAAAAGAAAAAACAGCAGAUUCAGAUUCUGAUGCAGAAGAUUCAAAAUCCAAACAUAAGCUCAAGGCAUCCGAAGUGUUUAGUUCUGAUGAUAGUGGUUCUGAUAGCGAGAAGUCAACAAAGUCUGAAAAAUCACCUAAGCGGAGAUCGUCUUCCUCUUCAUCCUCUUCCUCUUCCGAUAGUGAUAGUGAUUCAGCAAGUGUUGGUGAGUCUGCCAAGUUGAAGCAUGGUGGAACUUCCCAUAAACUUAACUCAAAAAGAGUGGACCAAGUACCCUCCAAAAAGGUGCUAGAGUCAAAGAUUCUGCCUUCUUCCUCCUCCUCUUCUGUAUCUUCUUCUUCGUCUUUUAGCGAUUCCAGUGACAGUGAUGUGUCUCCCAAGAAAUUCAAAGCUGGCAGAUCUAACGACAGUUAUCGUUCUCGAGACGAAGGGCCAAAACAUGUUACUUGUCGAGAGGACCUUGAAAAAGUACGCUUAUCUCGACAUAAGUUAGAACGCUUUGUUCACUUGCCAAUUUUUGGAAAAACUGUUAUUGGCUGUUUUGUCAGAGUAGGCAUCGGUGUUCAUCAAGGGAGAUCAGUAUAUAGGGUUGCCGAAAUUACUGGAGUAUGCGAAACUGCAAAAAUUUAUCAACUAGGUAACACAAAGACGAACAAAGGUCUUCGUUUAAAACAUGGGUCACAAGAGCGAGUGUUUCGUCUGGAGUUUGUUAGCAACAGUCCUUUUUCUGAAUCCGAAUACAAUAAGUGGGUCGAAGACUGUGCGGCUCAUGGCGCGGAGUUGCCAUUAAUGGAAACCGUUGACAAGAAGCAAAAAGAUAUUCAAGAUCUGCUUUAUUACCAGUUCAGUAAUGAUGAUAUAGAGAAGAUGGUGGAGGAGAAGUUACGAUUUAAGAGCAACCCAGUUAACUUUGCUGUUGCAAAAACUUUGUUGUUAAAAGAAAAGGAUAUGGCAUCUCAGAAGGGGGAUGAUGAAACUGUAGAAAAACUUAAUGAAAAAAUAGCUGACUUGGAUGAGAAAGCAAACAGCUUGGACAAAAGGCGCACCCAGACCAUUGCAGCCAUAUCGUACAUUAAUGAAAGAAAUAGAAAAAAUAAUGUAGAAAAGGCUGAAAAGGCAAUUAUGGCAGAGAUUGAAGCUAAAAAGGGGAUGAAGGUUGAUGAUCCCUUCACUAGACGUUCUACAAGACCAACUAUGGUAACCAAAUCAAAAGAACCUGAAAUAGUGUCAUCCGAGAUGCUUCUCAAGUUGGAGGCAGAACGUAAAAAUAAAAUGGAGGAGUCGAAGAAGAAAAAGGAAGAAGAAAUGGCCAAAAGGAAGAUGGAAGAUGAAAGUAAGAAAGAGGAGGAGCGAAAGAGAGUACAAGCUGAAGAUCUGUUUGCUGCUCAUGACUUCGAUGUCAAAAUUGACUUGGAUGUUUCUGUACCAGCGUCUGAACCCGUCUCAUCUAGAGGAAGCCUAGGUCCAGCCACUAAUGGUAACUCCAUUAAUUCUGCUCCGAGAAGAUCCUUGAAUCUAGAAGAAUACAAGAAAAAGAAAGGUUUAAUAUGAGGAGUAUAUUGUAGUGUAAGAGUGGUAAGUGAGGAUAUUGGGUAGUCUCAAGAAAUGUAAUUAUGGUUUUUAGUUUUCUUAUAUACUGUACAGUUUUUCAUCACAACACCAAUCCUACAAAUCUGUUUAGUACUCCGUAAGUACACUAAGAAGUGAUGUUUUGACUUUUCUGAAAAGUUUUAUUUAUUUAUGUAGAAUAACUUGUAAAACAUCAACUUUGCAAAAAAGAAAAAUCAUUUUUGAUAAAGCCCCAUUUGUAAGACAAGCUUCGUGGUAUUCUAUGGCAUAUGCAGUCAAGUGUAUUCAAGUAAUCUCUGUCCUCAGAUGAGCCAUCCUGCUGGUAAGUGUGCUCAAGUCAAGAUUUUGUUUUAUAUAUAUAAAGCUGCUUGUCAUCCAAUGAGAUAUGUAUUUUAAUUCAAAAGAAUGUUUUAUUGUUCAUCCUUUUUACCAUUACCAGACAUCCAGAACACUGAAUUCCUCUAAUAUAGAGUUUUGUUUUUAACAGUGUUUUCUUUAGUUAUUUAAUUAACUACGGGUUUGUCCAUCUGUCAUGCUAUGUACAUUUAAUUAAACUGUACAUGUUGUUCUUGUUUACUUCUUGACCAGGCACUGGUGAGUAGUUAUUGAUGGUGAGUUAUUUUGGGUUGGCAUUAUUUAUCUGUUGUGAAGUCUUGACUGAAUUAAGCAUUAUGCAAACAUUACAGAUGUGUGACAGGUUUUAGGUUUAUGAGGUAAGGCUGGAGAGCAGAAUGGGACAUCUGAGGUUUUUUUUUUUUCAACAAAAGUAUUCAGAAUAUGCUUGUCAUAUAAAGUUUACAAAUCUUGGAAAGCCAGUCUGCUGUCUCUGAAGGAAGAGGUCAUUUACUAAAUUCAGUUAGCAUCUUUGGUUUCUUUCUCAUUAAAAUUAUUUGUUAAGUGAUUACCUACAGAUGUGUCUUCCUUUAAGUGUAAGUAUUCCAGCCUUAUUUUGUCUCGUCACUGAACUUACCUGUUUGUGCUUUGUGGAGUGUAAUUCAUCCAUUUCAAAAAUUUCUCGUUUUGUGAAACAAAUUACAUUAAAUUUUUGGCAGUAACUCCUGCAAUCUGACUGAAGUUACAAGCAGGUUCAUCAGAUAACUACUAGUUUUUUACUUAAAAUGUUCUCACUUUGCUUAAUUUUUGGUUGAAAUUGGUAUCAUUUAUUAUUGUUUUAGUCCACAUAUUUCUUACAAAUCCAGAUAUUUCUUACAUCUUGCUCUGAUACAAUGAGUAUGUACUAAAUAGCUGUUUACUUGCUGGUUUUAUCACUUAUUGCAAGUAUGACCAAAGCAAAUCAGUUGAGGCUUUGCAAUGUGGGGUCUAUCCUAUUUUCAAAUCUUUGAUUGAAACCGACUUACCUACCUGGUGAUGUUUGCCAAGUACAGUGCUGUUCUGGUUUCAUCUGCAACAUUUAUAAGGACUGAUCUACUGGUGAGUGGACUUCUACAAAAACGAGUACAUACUACGAGUAGAAGGACAAGUUCUGCUUCAACUAGGAGGCAUCUGAAUGUAAAGCAUCUUAUCAAGGUUCAGGAGUACCAGUCCUCUAGUGAUUUCCCACAGCUGCUUCGUCUCUACUAAAACUUACCUUCUUGCUUGGUUGGUUGGCUCUUGUUCUACCCAAUCUCUCCCUCAACUUAGUACUUUAUCCAUCCAAACUUGACAGCUAAUACUGGAUACUCAGGUAUUUUGCUCCCUACUUUCAAACAUGUCAUGCCUGCUUGGCAAGUAUUGUUUCCUGUAUGCAUCUGCUGGUAUUUCAAAGAAAGCAGUGCCAAUUAUGGACUCGGCUUUUGGCUAAAGGAGUACAGCUUUGCCUCUAUGGCUGGAGAGUUGGUUUAUCUGGUCGGGCAUAUUUAUUAAAUUUUAUAAACUUCUUGGUGACAGCAUUUCAAUACUGCCAAAAUUUAAUGACUUUACUUAACUUUUAUCUGGCUUAGCAUUUCUUAUCCCCAAAGUCCAUGAAGGAUUGAUUUUUUUCAGUUUCAGUGUGGUCUGCAUCCAAUUACAAAAAAUGAACAGUAAAAAAAUUAAAUUCAGAAGGGGAAUAAUAACAGGUAAGAAUGUUUCUCAUCAAUAUUAUUCUUUCAUAUCAAAUCAAAAUGACAUCACUGCAGUGUAAAAGAAAGGUAAAGUUUUGAAUAUUGUUAUAUUCUAUUAAAACGAUAAUGCUUUUAUGCACAAAUAAUGCUGACCUAACCUUUCUAGAGCUUGGGUAACUAUUCAUCUUAUUGAAGCCUUACACUAAAUCAUUUAUUUGCCACAGUACUACACUACAAUGAUUUUAGGCAAUAACAAAGCAGGAAUCUGGAAUUAAUAACUGUACGGAAGUAGUAAAAACCUAGGAGGUAAAAUUUUAGUAAAUAAAAUGUACAAGUUUA